AUCAAUCUUCAUCAGGCUACAUUUCCAAUCACCUAAACAACCGAGCAAGACAAGCCACUCCGACAAGGUUGGCUGCCCGGCGGGUCUCUGAGGGAGCCAGGUAGAUGGUGAGCGGCCCCGACAGCUGAGGGCAGGCCAGGCCCCCAGACGCAACAGCUUGAAGGACUUCGCGGUGGGAACCCUGCAUCCCUCCUGGCCCCAGGCCCCCUGGAUCCGUCGGGGCGCCUCUACCCGGCUGUUAGCAUGAUGUCUUACCUCAAACAACCCCCAUAUGGCAUGAAUGGGCUGGGCCUAGCCGGGCCGGCCAUGGACCUUCUGCACCCCUCUGUGGGCUAUCCGGCCACCCCGCGGAAGCAGCGGCGGGAGCGCACCACCUUCACACGCUCACAGCUGGACGUGCUUGAGGCGCUGUUCGCCAAGACUCGCUACCCUGACAUCUUCAUGCGCGAGGAGGUGGCGCUCAAAAUCAACCUGCCAGAGUCCAGAGUCCAGGUCUGGUUCAAGAACCGCCGCGCCAAGUGCCGCCAGCAGCAGCAGAGCGGGAGCGGAACCAAGAGCCGCCCAGUCAAGAAGAAGUCGUCUCCGGUGCGGGAAAGCUCCGGCUCCGAAAGCAGCGGCCAAUUCACGCCACCGGCUGUGUCCAGCUCGGCCUCGUCCUCUAGCUCGGCCUCCAGCGCCUCCGCUAACCCCGCGGCUGCUGCGGCUGCGGGCAUAGGUGGCAACCCGGCGGUGGCAGCCGCGUCGUCGCUCAGCACGCCCGCUGCCUCAUCCAUCUGGAGCCCGGCUUCCAUCUCACCCGGCUCAGCGCCGGCCUCUGUAUCAGUACCCGAGCCGCUGGCCGCUCCAAGCAACGCCUCAUGUAUGCAGCGUUCGGUAGCCGCAGGUGCCGCCACGGCAGCAGCGUCCUACCCCAUGUCCUAUGGCCAGGGCGGUAGCUAUGGUCAGGGCUAUCCCGCGCCCUCCUCUUCCUACUUUGGCGGCGUGGACUGCAGCUCAUACCUAGCGCCCAUGCACUCGCAUCACCACCCGCACCAGCUCAGCCCCAUGGCACCCUCCUCCAUGGCUGGCCACCAUCACCACCACCCGCACGCGCACCACCCGUUGAGCCAGUCCUCAGGUCACCAUCACCACCACCACCACCACCACCACCAAGGCUACGGUGGCUCGGGGCUUGCCUUCAACUCUGCCGACUGCUUGGAUUACAAGGAGCCUGGCGCCACCGCUGCUUCCUCCGCCUGGAAACUCAACUUCAAUUCGCCCGACUGUCUGGACUAUAAAGACCAAGCCUCAUGGAGAUUCCAGGUCUUGUGAACCCAGGAGGAAGAGCAAGAGGAGAAGAACGCAACUACCUGCGCCCUCAUUGGCCCCAUCCUGUUGCUGCUGCUGCACCGCCCGCCUUUGCCUCUGCUUCUCCAAAAACUGAAUUUUCAUACCCCCAAAAGAUGCCCACUGUCUGCACUGCCAAUCCCCAUCUCUGUGCCACUUGCUUAAGGGAUGUGCUAACCUGCCUACCCCUUGGAUGGGGGGACCGGUGCUUCGGCUUGGCCCACACGUUCUAUGCGGGAUUGCUGGGUGCUCUCGCUGUCAAUCCCACCAAACUCCUAAGACACCCCUUCCAGUCUUUCUGGACAGCUAUUAUGCACUCGCAGCCUUCGGAGGCUCUUCGCUUUCCUACUGUUUGAGCCCAACACUUUUAUUUAUUCUUUCUGGACACUGGAGUCACUAACAGGCGUGUUUAUGCCCAUUGGAGUGCACCCACACACUAUUCCAAACCUGAACAACCACUAAGUGUUUCUCUCGCACAGACUCCCCCUCCCCCUCUCGUCUGCCCUAGAUCCUGCUCCCCGCCUGCAGGCCACAGUUUCCCAGCGUUUCCUCCUCCCCAGCGGGGUGCUCUGGGCAAGGCCCACAGGAGAAGCGCCCCCAGCCUUCAGCGCACAGAGCCGCAUCCCCCGCCCUGCGCUGGACUGGUUCAAGCUUCCGCCUUGGCGGAAAUGCUGUACAUAGUCGGGUCCGUUCCAGGGACCACUUAAAACUUUCUAGUUGCUGUUGGUGGAACUGAGCAUUUCUUGUGUAGCGCCCAGGAAACAGAACUUUAAGAUAUAUACAGCACAUAUAUAUAUAUAUAUAUGCAUAUAUAUAAAACAAAAGCAAAAAAUAUGUUCCCUCUGUCCCCCUUCCUCUUCUUUAAACGAUGGAGUUUUUUUUUGUUGUUGUUGUUGUUUCAGUUGUUACAAGGCUGUCCUACCCUCUUCACAUCUUCUUCUGUGUAUUUAUUAAAAGAGAACUUCUUGGUUCUAGGAAGCUGGGCGCGGAGGAUCAGGAGUGUGGAGGAAAUAGCCAAGUCAGGAUACAGGGGUGGAGGUUAGGCUCUGUGGGGAGCACAGGACUGAGACCCUCACUCUGUCUGAACACAGGGUCGAAGUUACAGCUCAGAGACCAAAAACAGAACAAACAAAAAUUUAAAAAGGUAAAAAUACAGCAGUAUGGAAAAACAAACCCAGGCCCUACACCCCAGUUCCAAUUCCUCUGUGGCUUCUCUCUCUUUAAACAUCUUUGUUUUGUCUAGUGAGUUUUUAGUGCACCUUCAUUCUCCGAAAUCUGUGGAGAGCCCGCGCGCCUGUGUAUCAAUUUUGGUUUUGGCCGCUUCGUCCAGUAGGUGGGAAAGUAAUUUGUAAAUUUGAUUUGUCCGAUGUGAAGAUCACAAAUUACUUGUUGAAAUGUAAGGCAGUUCCCCUCCUCUUUAUCUACAUUAUU